GGAGACACAGGCAUUCAGCUGACCAUCUGCUGUCUUUACUUAUAUAUAGAGGCGCAUUCACUCCCCUCUCCGUCUAAUGAGCAGGCGUACAUGGAUGUAUCUGCCCUUGAAGCCGGACACCUGAAUAUCCGUUUGGAUUUAAUUGCGGCUGGUGAUCAACCAAACGAACCGAUUGUUUGCCCCUCACUUGCAUUCUUCCUGCGCCACUCGAAGAGCGAUAAGCGAGUCGUUUUCGACCUAGGAAUUCACAAAAACAUAAAAGAGUUUGCGCCUGCUGCAACAGAGCAGUUCUUGCCUGACGUGAAGCAAACAGUGGCAGAGUCUUUGGAAUCAGGUGGAGUUCCCCCUUCAUCCGUUGACUUGGUAGUCCUAAGUCACCUCCAUUGGGAUCACGUCGGAGAUCCCUCCCCAUUUACGACUGCCGAGUUUGUCCUCGGGGAAGGGUCAAAGAAAGCCUUAAGUCUAGAGCCUGGAUUUUCCCUCAAUCCUGCAUUCUUUUCAUCCAUUCGUGUACCGGAAGACCGUCUGCGCUUCAUCACAGCGUCCGACCUAAACGUGGCAAUCGGUCCCUACCCGCGCGCAAUGGAUUUCUUCGGUGAUGGCAGCAUGUAUAUUGUUGAUGCACCAGGGCACGUUGACGGGCAUAUCAACAUCCUUGCGCGUACUUCUGCAGACGGUGCUUGGAUCCUGCUAGGCGCAGAUUCAGCUCAUCACCCUGAUCUGAUCACCGGGAACAUGCAAGUUGCGUACCGUGUCGACACGGAUACUGGCGCAGUGACAUGUAUCCACGACUACAAAGAAGUCGCGGAGGAGAAUAUUCGCAGAAUAAAGUUAUUGUUAGAGUUCCCGAGGGUGCAGGCUCUGGUUGCACAUGAUGUAGUCUGGUAUGAAGAAAACAAGGGUAAAGAGGUCUUCUUACCGCACAAAAUACCACCGCUCGUCCAAUGAUGUCACACUGAGAGUACGAACGAAUUUUCCACUAUGUGCGAUGCUGUUCAAAAUCUGGAAGAGCGGGACUU